AAGUUCAAGUUCAAACAGCUGAUUUGAUUUGUUUUUAAUUUUCAUGUGAUAUAACGAAACCAAAACAAGUGAAGCGGGCGUAAGAACACAUCCAAGAUGUUCCAGCACAGCCCAAUUUUGUGGCGACCUCUGCUCCUGCUUCGCGGACUCUACCUUAGUCAACGACACCAGAUGAGCCACUACGACGCACUGGGAAUCAGGCGUCAGUGCACGCAGAACGAAAUCAAGGCAGCUUACUAUAAGCUAUCGAUGCUCUACCAUCCGGACAGGAACCAAGGAAGUGAGAGCGCAGCCAAGAAAUUCCGGGAGAUCAAUCAGGCUUAUGAGAUUCUGGGAAACUAUCGGCUGCGUCGACUUUACGACAAGGGAAUCGUGCAUACGGCGGGUGCCCAAUAUGCCCAAGAUGUUCACGAUGUAGCGGAACCCGUAGUCGAGGACGACGCGGAGACUAAGUUUUACAAGUCGCGAUUUCAGAAAUCGCGUGUAUCUGACUCUGAGGGCCGUACGCCCAUCUAUGACUUCGACGAGUGGUCCCGAAAUCACUACGGUAAAUCAUUUGACCGGAGACAAGCCGCUCAGGCCAAAUACGAUCGAAUUAAGGUGCAAAGAGAAACCAACAAGAUAUCAGGCCAGACUGACAUGGUCCUGCUGGCCUUUAUCUUUGCCGGAGUGGCCGUAUACCUGAUGUUCCUCGCCGAGAGCUCCUACGACACUCCCAAACAGAAAGCGGAGGAACGACACAGACGCGAUCAAGAAGAGCGAGAGCAAAAACUGGUUGGGAAGCAAUCUUAGAAUUCUCUAGUCCUCAGCGUACAUAGACUUAAGUUAAAUGAAUUAAAUUCGAAAGAAUAUAUUUUUGUGAAUAAGA